AUGAGUCGAAGGGUGCGGAGGAGGGUGGGAAGGAGGGGCACAGCGGAAGUGGAAGGCCAGGAGGUAGAGAGGUUGAAUUCUGACAUGAAAGGUGUGCUUGAUUGGACUAGAUUGCCUGAUGAUACAGUAAUUCAGCUUUUUUCAUGUCUGAACUAUCGUGAUCGUGCGAGCUUGUCAUCAACCUGCCGGACAUGGAGAGUUCUGGGUAAAUCUCAAUGCUUGUGGCAGGUAUUAGAUUUAAGGCCUCACAAGUGUGAUGCUUCAGCAGCUACUUCACUCGCCUCUCGAUGUGUGUAUCUUCAAAAACUUCGGUUCCGGGGUUCUGAACCUGCUGAUGCUAUCAUAAACCUUCAAGCUCGGAGUUUACGUCAGAUUAGUGUCGAUGGUUGUCAAAAAAUUACGGAUGCUUCAUUAUCUGUGCUUGCUGCUCGACAUGAAGCACUAGAGUGCCUCCAGCUUGAGCCAGAUUUAUGUGAAAUGAUCAGCAGUGAAGCACUAAAAUCAAUUGCCAUUUGCUGUCCCCGACUGCAAAAACUUAGGCUCACGGGUAUACAAGAAAUUGGUGCGGAUGCUAUCAAUGCUUUGGCAAAGUAUUGUCCGAACUUGAUGGAUAUUGGAUUCAUUGAUUGUCGAAAAGUUGACGAGAUAGCUAUAGGAAAUAUUAUAUCAGUCCGCUUCCUCUCUGUCGCAGGGACAUGUAAUAUUAGGUGGGGUAUGGUAUUACAGCACUGGAAAAAGCUGCGUCACUUGACAGGCUUAGAUGUUUGUAGAACAGAUAUUACCCCUAAUGCUGUUUCAGGUCUGUUAAAAUCAUGGCACAGUUUGAAGGUCCUGUGCGCCUUAAAUUGCCAAGCACUUGAGGAAGAUGCCACCUUUGUUCCAGGUAACAAUUAUAAAGGUAAAGUUCUGUUUGCCGUCUCUACAGACAAUUUUAAAGGAGUAGCUUCACUAUUUGAUGAUACUACAAAGAACGAGAGGAAUGUUUUCUUGAAUUGGAGAAAUAUGAAUAUUAAGGAUAGGAAAUUAGAUGAGGUGGUGAAGUGGCUGGAAUGGACCCUGUGCUAUGCGCUUUUACGAAUUUCAGAGAGCAACCCUCCAGGUUUGGAUAAGUUUUGGCUCAACCAAGGCACCUCGCUGUUGCUUAGUUUCUUGCAGAGUGAAGAUGAGGAAGUUCAAGAAAGAGCGGCCACAACUCUCGCUACUUUUGUUGUCAUUGAUGAUGAAAAUGCCAGUAUAGACCCUCGAAGGGCCGAAGCAGUUACUCGAGUUGGAGGUAUACGUCUUCUUCUAAACCUUGCUAGGUCAUGGCAGGAAGGGCUUCAAGCAGAAGCUGCAAAGGCUAUAGCAAACUUAUCAGUGAAUGCCUAUGUCGCAAAAGCUGUGGCAGAGGAAGGAGGGAUCAAUAUUUUGACAAAUCUGGCUAGUUCUAUGAACAGGAUGGUUGCUGAAGAGGCUGCUGGAGGACUCUGGAACCUCUCCGUUGGUGAAGAGCACAAGAUUGCCAUUGCUGAAGCUGCUGCUGUAAAAGCUCUCGUCGAUCUUAUCUUUAAGUGGUCUGGCAUUGCUGGCGCUGAAGGAGUUUUGGAACGUGCUGCUGGUGCAUUAGCAAACUUGGCAGCGGAUGAUAAGUGCACCAUGGAAGUUGCUUCAGCGGGCGGAGUACCUGCUUUAGUAACUUUGGCCAGGGGUUGCAAGGUUAAAGGAGUUCAAGAGCAGGCGGCUCGUGCAUUGGCAAAUUUAGCUGCUCAUGGAGAUAGCAAUAGUAACAAUGCUGCUGUUGGACAAGAAGCGGGAGCUCUUGAGGCACUUGUGCAACUUACGCGUUCUUCUCAUGAUGGUGUAAGGCAAGAAGCCGUUGGUGCAUUAUGGAAUUUAUCCUUUGAUGACAGAAAUCGAGAAGCAAUUGCAGCUGCUGGUGGUGUUGAGGCAUUGGUUUCUCUUGCACGUUCCUAUUCAAAUGUCUCUCGUGGCCUUCAGGAGCGGGUUGCUGGUGCUCUGUGGGGAUUGUCUGUGUCAGAAGCAAAUAGCAUUGCCAUUGGACAAGAAGGAGGUGUGGCACCACUAAUAUCACUGGCAAAAUCAGAUGCUGAGGAUGUCCACGAGACAGCUGCUGGGGCUCUUUGGAAUCUUGCUUUCAAUCCUGGUAAUGCUCUUCGUAUUGUAGAGGAAGGUGGGGUUCCUGCCCUGGUUCAUCUUUGUUCUUCUUCAGCAUCAAAAAUGGCCCGCUUCAUGUCGGCACUGGCUCUGGCAUACAUGUUUGAUGGAAGACUGGAUCUAGUUGCUACAGAAAGCACUUCAAAGAGUGUAAGCUUAGAUGCAUCUAGAAGAUUGGCCUUAAUACACAUUGAAGCUUUUAUCCUAUCCUUUUCCAAUCCUCAAGCAUUCUCUGCUGCUGCCGCAUCAUCAGCCACUGCGGCAUUGACACAAAACCCGUCGGCAAAGAUCAAUUCAAACACGACGAAGACCAAUUCAAAUCACAGCGAAGACCAAUUCAAACCACAACCGGCAAUCGAGCACCACCACCGUCGCACUGAAGACGGCGACUGGAACCACCGAAGCAGUCGACCACAGACCGAUCGACCUAGAAUUCCAAAAGGAAUCACCAACAAAACGAGAAUGAGAAAUCUUGAAAACCCGAAGGAGGAAUUCAAGCACCAAAGAGAACGACCGCGUGGAGCUGAGAUUGGAAGGUUCGUUUCCAUGCUGCGAUAUCCUUCUUCAAUACUAAAGACUUGUGCAGCAUUUGCUCUUCUUCAGUUUACCAUGCCGGGGGGUCGUCAUGCACAGCAUCACGUGAGCCUUCUGCAAAAUGCUGGAGCAUCACGGGUGCUUAGAGCUGCAGCAGCAGCAACAGGUGGCCCACUUGAAGCAAAAAUCUUCGCAAGAAUUCUACUGCGGAACUUGGAACAAAAUCUCAGAGAAUCUUCUCUGAAGAGUUGUUGA